AUGAAACACAUGAGUUUGUUUCUCGUGUUGAAUUUGAGCAUUUGUCUUCUCCUCUUUUCACCCAUCGGCUUGGCUCUUCUAAUUCCACAUGAUAGGUACUCCGUCGACCUCCGCAGUGACUCGGUGCUUGGUGCCACUCAGACCGAAAGAAAGUCGAUUGCAUCAUAUUCGUACCUAGGUGUCGAACCUUCCAAGUUGAUUCAGCACGUCAUUAUCCGCAGUGGACCCUACCAUAUAUGUACACCUCUAAGCUUGCCUUUAGCUGGGGCCAACAGAGCCAUCGGAGUUCAAUAUCACUGGUCUUCGAUUAAGGGCUGCCGUAUUCACAAUCGGUUAUCAAAAGAUCCAAUGAAGUAUUCGCGAAGCACCAGCGCAAUCCUGACAUACUUUUACUCACUUUCAGUACUAUCUUAUGUUCAAGGACGCAUAGGCGGUUUGCCCAAACUGCAUCUCACGACUUAUUCCCUGCCGGAACCUCCUCAACAAUCCAAAUCAAUUCCAUCCGGCGCCGGUUAUCAUCUGGAAUAUCCCAUUCCUAAGGCUGUGGCAAGAUCGAAAGAUACUGCCUCCAAGUCGACCCAUACAUCUGCGAAUUCGGUUCACAAAAAUCAAGAAGGACGCACUUUGUGUUGCUUUGGUUCAGUCAAUCCUCGGGUGAACUCGCAAGAAAAAGGUAGCGCAAGUGUCCCGAAACGAGAAUCCCGUGAAAAAUUGGAAAAAACACUCAUCAUAGAACAUCCCGCAGUGGAUCCAAGCAGCCAUCAGCUUCAAGCGGACCAAAUGGAAAAACUGAAACAAUGGAAGUCAAUAGCAGAAGUCGCACAAUUUAUGGAAAAACUGGAACUUGGGAUCACGGAAAUCGUCAACUCACUAAUAUAUUUGGAGAUGCAAAGAUUUUCAUCUGAAGAUUUGGAGCGCCUUCUCGCACGCUUUACGGAGAACAGGGAAUUCGUUCGAACCCCAGCCACGUUUGCCUUCCUGGUCCACACUUUUAUCAUCGAUGUUUACAGGAGUCGUGUGGGUUCAAACCAGCCGAAUCUAGUGGCCAACGCGUAUCUGAAAAACGAGUAUGGAAUCUACAAGAGAUACGCACGUGAACAGAUCUUUAUGUUGGCCAAAAUCGAGAUCAUGGAUUGUUUAGACGGGAUGAUUUCAAGAGCUUCUAGAUAUUACGAGAAAGCCAAACUGGAGAUUGAUACAUGGAAAGAACAAGUGGAUUCGGUCAUCGAGAUGCUCAAACUGAUCCAAUGGGAGAUGAGUCCAUUUCAUAGCCAAGAAAUCCAACGGACACUCUUGCGCAAUCAAUUAUCACAAACCAAAGCUCGGAGCGGAGACAGAGGCCUGUUUGAGUUUCUGGAGACUGGCGCUCGGAUGAACGUCUCCGUCGAAAGUCUCCAAAGCUUUCUGUUGCUCAACACUAAAGGAACCACCCCUGAACACCGAGAAAAACUCUUCCUACACGUCCAAUCCAUUCAUGAUGAUCUGUCUGAAAUAUGCGAUGAUUUGGAUUCUCCAAAAAUCAAUCAUAGGGAUGCACUGAGAGGUGCAGUGGGAUGAGGAUUCCACUAUCCAAAUAAGAAAUAUACAAUAUAGAUUCCAAAUGAAUUGUAUCUUUUGAGUAUUAG